AUGGUCACCGAACUUCCAUAUGCCCUCGACGCCGAGACUCCCUUGAGUCCCUCCGAGCUCAAUGUCCUCCGCGCCCAGUACGAGAAGGAAGGGGAGAUGGCCGGAGUUCAGACGAAAUUCAACUACGCCUGGGGCCUCGUCAAGUCCAACAACCGCAACGACCAGCAGCUAGGCGUCCGCCUCCUCUCAGACAUCUUCCGCCUCUCCCCCGAGCGCCGCCGCGAGUGCCUCUACUACCUCGCCCUCGGCAACUACAAGCUCGGCAACUACGCCGAGGCCCGCCGCUACAACGAGCUCCUCGUCGAGAAGGAGCCCGCCAACCUGCAGGCGGGCAACCUCCGCCAGCUCAUCGACGACAAGGUCGCCAAGGAGGGGCUCAUGGGCGUCGCCAUCCUCAGUGGCGUCGGCAUCGCCGCCGGCGUGGUGGGGGCCUUCAUCCUCAGGAAUGCCAGGAGGAGAUGA